AUGGCGCCCACUAUCACACCAACCCCACCCUUCCGCGUCCUCGUCUUCACCAAAACCUCCGGCUACCGCCACGACUCCAUCCCGGCCUCCAUCCGCGCUCUACACUCCCUAGCAGAAACAACCAAGCACUUCACCCUCACCGCCACCGAAGACGCCACCCUCUUCACCCCCGCGCUCCUCGCCCCCUUCUCCGUAAUAAUCCUGCUGCAAACCCUCGGCCCCAUAUUCACUCCCCUGCAACUCUCUGCCCUGAAAAACUUCGUGCGUGCCGGAGGCGGCGUCGUCGCCAUCCACGCCGCCGCCGCAGGAAUGCCUGGUGAUGCUUGGUAUGCGAAAUUAUGCGGCGCGGCGUUUGACAUGCACCCGCCUCCCUCGCCGGGCACGUUGAUCGUGGAGAAGGAUAAUGAGGGGCAUUUCGUACCGUCUAAUUCCGAGGGAAGGGAGGGCUGGGUGGAUGAGUGGUAUAAUUUCACCUCUCAUCCCAGGGAGAAUGGGAAUUUGGAGAUAUUGCUGAGGGGGGGAUACGAGCACGUUCGAAGGGGGCAAGAUGGGGGAGGAUCAUCCGCUGGCGUGGUGUCAGGAGUUCGAGGGGGGGAGGAGUUUUUACAUUGCAUUGGGGCAUUUUGA